GGGUCAAGUCAACUCCCUUUAAAACUUUUAGAAGCCACCAAGAAUCCAUUUCUUAAACUAAAAUAAAAUUUCUUCUUGGGGCAGUCUAAACUAAAAUAAUACACAUAACAUAUUAAAAAAACAAGAAUUAUUGAAAUUGUGUGUGGUUUGAGCUCUCCGGGAGCCACUUAUAUAUCAAUAUACAAUAUUUAUCGUGUUAACAUACGCGUUUUAGGGUCCUUAAAUCCAUUAUUACAGAGACUAAUUUAUGAGUCAUUGGAGUUUUAUAAGUUGGCCGGAAAAUUAAGAAAGCUUUGUUUCAACACUGGUUGAUAUGGGAAUCUGCAUAUCGACUGCAUCUACAGAGAUUCAUGAUCAACCUGAGAUCAGCAAAGUUCAUGAAGAUAAUGCGAUUUUCGUUGAGCAAAAUGAUGUUUCUAACGAAGUUAAGAAACCAGGUUCUCUUUAUUCCAAGCAAGGAAGCAAAGGACCUAACCAAGAUGCCGCCAUCCUUUGCCAGGGAUAUGGAGUGAAAUAUGGGGCAUUUUGUGGAGUUUUUGAUGGCCAUGGAAAGAAUGGUCAGAUCGUGAGUAGGAUUGUGAGGGAUCAGUUGCCGUCUCUGGUACUAGACCAGAAGAGUGCUCUUGCAAAAAUGGAAGUAACAAAUAACCGAAGUCAAAAAAUCGGCAUUGAAAGAUUAGAUGGAGAAGAGGCUCCGAGCAAUGAAUUCUAUAAAUGGCAGGAGGCUUGUGUUGGUGCUUUCAAGGUGAUGGACAAGGAAGUGAAGCUUCAAGAGAAUUUGGACUGCUCUUGCAGUGGAACCACAGCAGUAGUUGUCAUAAGACAGGGUGAAGAUCUUGUUACAGCUAAUCUGGGCGACUCGAGGGCUGUGUUGGGGACAGUCAGCGAGAAGGGAGAAGUCAAGGCUGUUCAAUUAACAACUGAUUUAAAGCCUGGCUUACCUAGCGAAGCAGAAAGAAUAAGGAAAUGCAAUGGUCGAGUACUUGCCUUAAAGGAAGAACCGCAUAUCCCGCGAGUGUGGCUACCCCACGAGGAUUUCCCAGGCUUGGCGAUGUCUCGAGCUUUCGGAGACUUCCUACUCAAAAACCAUGGUGUAAUUUCUGUUCCUGAUGUUUGCUAUCACCGCUUAACUUCCAGAGACCAGUUUGUUGUUCUUGCAACGGAUGGGGUAUUCGAUGUGCUUAGUAGCAGCCAAGUUGCCUCCAUUGUAUCGGAGGCAGGCAACGAACAGGAAGCCACGAGAGCUGUGGUGGAGGCUGCAACAGUGGCAUGGAAAAACAAGUUUCCAUCUUCAAAAGUAGAUGAUUGUACGGCAGUUUGCCUUUACCUUCAAAACCGGCAACAACGCCAAUUAUCAUGACUUCCUUGUAAUGCCGUAGUGCAGCUAUAGUUUCCCAUCUUCCGGCAACAAUUUUUUUACUACAUGCUAUGUUUCCAUGAGAAAAUUAUAUUAAAGCAGUUCCUUUUUUUA